GUCCCUGCCAUCCGCGCCGCGCUCACAAUUUCAAUGGACAAAAAUCAUUUUUGAUACUUAUCCCUAAACACGGAGGAGAAUGUGAAAAAGGGCGACAAUGCCCCGCAGGAAGCAGGACCAACCCAAGCGCCUGCCUUCGCAUGUUGAUGGAGUUGAUGAGGCCGUGGCCAAGGGGCCGGCAGCGAAGGAAGACGGUUGGUUUGGGAACGCCUCGGACACGCCCUCCGAGUCCUCGUACGGGGAUGAGGCCCCGCUAGAGCAGGACGUGUCGGGUGAGAGCUCGGCCGGCUGCCCCACACCUGUUCCUCGGGCCUCCCUGGACCUCCUGGGGCUGGAAAGGGAGACCUUGAGGGCAGGACCUGUCUCCUCCCAGGACACGUUCUCCUCCAUGGUGUCCUCACUGUUUGGGGAUGCCUCCCAGGCGCUGGGCUCCCCGAUGAGCAGUAACCUGCGGCGCCUCCUGGAGGCCGGGGAGCUUGCGGCCCAGGGGAGGGGAGGAGCCUCACCCAACCUGCCCCUGGCCCUCUCCCCGUCCACCAAUCAUGCGCAGCAGCAGCUCAGCGCUCUCGCCCGCAAGCUGGCCGGCUCUGGCCAAUCCGCCACGCCCUCCCCCGGGUCCGUCAAGCAGGAAGCGGGCAGGCGCCUCAGCCCGGCGGCAGAUGCCAACGGCAGCCCGGCGUGGGCGGGGUCUUUGGAAGCGUGGCCUCCUGGCGGCUGUUCCGCCCCCACCAGCCUGUCGCCGGACUCGGCCAUCCUCAAGCUGAAGGCGGCGGCCAACGCUGUGCUGCAGGACAAGGGUGCGGCCAUGACACUGUCCUCCUCCUCUUCCUCCUCUUCCUCCUGCUCCUCCUCCGUCUCCUCUAUGGCCACCGAGGAGGCGGGCCGCUUUGACGCCUUCGCCUCCCCCUUCAGCACGCAGUCGGCCAGCUCCACGCUGGCGGCCCUCUCCAAGAAGGUGAGCGAGAGGGGCCUGCCCGGGGCCCAGCCUGAGGCCCCUCAGGGAACCUUCCUCUCGCUGGUCUCCAUGACGUCCUCGGCCGCGCUCCUGAAGGAGGUGGCAGCUCGCGCGGCCGGCUGCCUCCUGUCUGAUAAGAAGGAGCCGUCGAUGGUUCUGGGACCUCGGGAGGACGUCAAACCCCUGCCAGACAAGAACCAGAACCACACCUUGGACCUGCUGUCUGUGCCCACGACCCCAAAGGGCAAGUCCAAAGCCAGCAGCCAGGGAGGGUCUCCCGAUGACGGAGUAAAGCCUUUCCAGUGCCCGGUGUGUGGCCUGGUCAUUAAGAGGAAGAGCUACUGGAAGAGACACAUGGUGAUCCACACCGGCGUCAAGAGCCACCAGUGCCCUCUCUGCCCCUUCCGCUGCGCCCGCAAAGACAAUCUCAAGUCCCACAUGAAGGUCCACCAGCACCAGGACCGCGGAGAGACAUUCCAUUGUGAGCAGUGCCCCUUCACCUCCUCCCGCCACUUCAGCCUCAAACUGCACAUGCGCUGCCACCAGCACUGUCCCACCAGGGUGAAGGACGAGGUCACCACGGACACCGAGGACGAGGGCGGGGCGUCGUCACGGGGCGCUUCAGGGGGGCGGGGCUCUCCCCUCGAUCCGGACGAUCCCCGGCUCCUGCCAUCGCCUGGGGAGGCCCCAAACCACGCCCACAUCAAGGAGGAGCCCCUGGAACAAGAGGUGUCGACUCUCUCACCCUUCUCCCUGCACAGGGAGCGGCCAGCUAGCGUCGCCAGCUCCCCUGUCCCUCCUGCUGCCUCCCUCUUCAUCCCCAACAUGACCGCCAAGACCGCUACUGACCUGCUUAUUAAGCUUUCAGCAGCCAACCAGAAGGAGGCCCUGAAGGGCCCGGUUUGUGUGAAGGAGGAGCCCCAGGCGGAGGGAACGGCGGGGCCGGCCCAGAUUACCCAGAGCCCCCGGGAGGCUGUGGGGAAGAGCGGCCUGCUGUGCCAGGAUAUCAGCAGCAAGGUGGCGUCCGAGCUGCUGAUGAAGCUGUCAGAGAAUAAGAAGGAGGUGAGAUUGCAGCAGGUGACGGUGAAGGUGGAGCCCAUGGAGGUGGACCCCCCUCAGGAGCCGGCUCCAGCCCCCUCUAACGCGCUGGGCUUCAGCUCUUUACCCGCCAGCGAAAAGGCUGACUCGCCAGCCAGCUUCCCCGAUACCCUGGGCAGCCCACAGAGGGCGAUCUUCUGUGAGGACAUCUCCGUCAAGAUGGCCUCCGAACUGCUCUUCAAACUGUCAGAAAGAGUAAGCAAAACAAAAAACCACAAAGACAGCAGUAUGUUGGUCACAAGCAGCUCUUACACUGACGACUUACAGUUUGGACAAACUCAAUCUGACUCCAUCACCAAGACCUGCUCGUCGAGUGGAGCAAUGUUGCAUGAUUUGGGGCAGACGGAAGCAGACAGGGGGGCAAAGAUGGCCCCCUGGCGCAGGGAGGAGCAGCUGCACCCCUGCAGCGUGUGUGGAAAGGUGUUCGGCAGUCAGCAGACCCUCACGCGUCACAUGUCUGUGCACACAGAGGAGAAGUACAGGUGUCCCCUGUGUCCAUACACAGCCAAAUGCAGAGCCAACCUCAAACAGCACCUCACCAUCCACUCAGCCCAGCUCGCCAGCAGCAACGCUGAAGACCACAUUACGGCAGGGAACGCCGAGAAGACCCAACGCAGCAACUGCCCCUUUUACUACAGCUGCCUGAUGUGCGGGUUCCAGACGGAGCAGAACAGCCACUUCGUCAGUCACAUGUGUGUGCACAUGGACAGGGAGCAGUGGAUGUUCUCUCUGUGCUGCACGUCCUGCGACUUCGUCUGCGGGGACGAGGUGGAGAUGAAGGCGCACAUCAACGCCGGCCACGCUGGGCUGGCCUCCAGGAGUCCCCUGAGCGAGACCAAGAGCCCGUCCUCAUCCCUGUCCACCCUCAGCGACUCCGUCCACAGCUCCGAGACCUCCUCCGCCAGCAGCCAGUCCAGCGCCGGCAGCCUGUCGGGAUCGGGCGCCAAGGGGAAGCCAGAGAAAGGGUUCGAGUGCGUGUUCUGCGCCUUCGUCUGCGAGGCCCAGUCUGCGUACGAGCGCCACCUGCAGGCCCACCUCAUCUCGCGCAUGUUCGAGUGCGACGUCUGCCACAAGUUCCUCAAGACGCCGGAGCAGCUGCUGGAGCACAAGAAGUGUCACGCUGCCCCCUCUGGCGGACUCAAGUGCCCCCUGUGCCCGUACUCGGCGGGCCAGCCGGCCGCCCUGCAGAGCCACCUGAAGACGCACGGGGAGCCGCCCGGCGAGCCGCGCUUCCGCUGCGGGAUCUGCCAGGCCUCGCAGAGCAGCCAGGCCGAGCUGGAGCGCCACGUCCGCGGGCACCGGCUGGGCGGCCAUUACCGGUGCGAGCAGUGCGGCUACCUGUCCAAGACGGCCAACAAGCUGGUGGAGCACGUGCGCGUGCACACGGGCGAGCGGCCCUACCGCUGCGACCGCUGCAGCUACUGCUGCCGCCGCAAGGACAACCUGAGCCUGCACAAGAGGCUGAAACACGGCCAGCAGGCCCUGCACUGCCCCCACUGCUCCUUCUCCACCGCCAACCCCUGCACCUUCAACAGACACGCCCGCAAGCACCGAGACAGGGCCGGCCCCGGGGCCAGGGGCGGGGCCGGGGGAGGGGCCAGGGCCGGGGGAGGGGCCAGGGGAGGGGCCGGGGGAGGGGCCAGAGGCGGGGCCGCGGGCGCCUGCAGUCCCCUCCUCAGCAUGUCGGCCUCCCUCGCCCUGCAGUCGGUGGCCCUGUCCGUCACCAGCAGGCAGCAGGGCUCCUCCCCGCCGGCCUCGCUCUACCCCGCCCCCAACGGCCGCUCCCUCUCCUCCCUCUCCUCCCUCUCUCCUCUCUCCUCCCUCUCCUCGCAGUACGAGCGCUACAGGACCUGCGACCCCGCCCACCUCGUCCCUUUGACCACGCUCUUCAGCUCUGCCCGCUUUGGUAGGGGCGGGGCACUCCACGCCCUCUCUCCACCCCCCUCCUCCAGACCGCGCCCCGCCAGGUCCCCGGCCACGCCCUCCCACUCCCCCACUUCGCUGAAGCACUCGUUCCUGGCUUACCUAGGACUGACGAAACGAAUUCAAACUGCGUGACCCACCUAUGAUAGGAGCAGUGCGGAUAAUUCUGGAAUUUUCCAAUCAAGAUAACAAACUGGAGAGAUGGCUAUCCAAGCUAGGGGGAAAAUUAUAUAUAAAUACAACUAAGGCUGUAUGUGCUUAAGGAAUUUAUAUCAGUGCUGCUUUGAAUCUCUCUUUUCAGUUCAUUUAUUUUGUUUUGGAGGUUUUGUAUGGUUUUGAAUGACGCACACCCUACUGCUUUAUCUUAAAAAGGAAAAGAUGAAGUGAGACAAGCCCCUUGAAUGCUCCAUCGUGUGUAUACGUGUCUUUUGCAGAGCGCUAGAAAAGCAUGCUUGCGUAUGUGUUCCAACAGUCCAGAAGUUAUCGCUGAUGUGAAUUAAAGAACACUCCAGUGUCCAUACCAGUAAAACUGCAGAGCUUUUAGACUGUUUGAAAAGCUCAAAGCUCAGAACAGGCACCGAUACCUCACUCCAUCUGCUCACAGAGCAGCUCUUUACCUUCACUUUGUUUUGCAGAAGGCCUCGUGGCAAAGCCCCGCCCUCCUCGGUGGUAGGAGGAGCCCCAGAGUAACUGUCCUAUGGAAACGAAUUAGAAUUUUGGCUCCUCCUACUCUGGCUUCACCUUUUCACUAGUGCUCUUUGGAAAUGUUAUUUUGACGUCACCCCCCGAAAAAGAGAACUUGAAUGAAUGUAUUGCUUUUUUUAAUGUGGACAUGGUGCCAGUGUGAAUGAGUUUCAGAAUAGAGUCCUAUAUCAACGGCCUUACGUGGCUGCCUCAUUUUCCUUUGACUAUCAAAGGCCUUUUAAUCAUUCAGAAUGAACAAUGAAUAACCAACAGUAUGUAAUAGUUAUUAAUACUAAUACGAAUAUAACAAUAAAUAAUAACUUUCAGUGAAGAUGCAUAGCAGAUGCUGAGAGAAAAGGCUAAGACCACAAUGUGUUUUAACCCCAGUUCCUACAUGCCUCUCCCCUGUUUGCAGUGGAGGUAUGGCAACCCCUUCUGUAUUACUCUCUCUCGGAAGCAGGAUUGCACUUUAGAACAGUUUGAGAUUGAAAAAAGGACUUCGACCACCUCUUCCUUUUUAAAAUUAUUUCUCACCCUUAAAAACUCUGUUCUCUUGCAGAGAGGAAGCCUUCUAUGGAAGGCCACAUGCUGACGUGUUCUGUUUUCUUGUUAGGAAAGAAAAUGUUGAAGGAAAUGUCUGUAUAGUGGGGUGGUUCUCUUCUCUUAAAGUCUAUGUGAAAUGAGGAGGUACCACGUAUAGAAAAGCCCACUUGUUGUAAUUGGAUGAGUAGUUUGUACAGGUAUAGCUUAUCCUGGGCACAAAUGCUCAGGCUAAAAUUGAAAAAGCCAGUUUUGCACAGUGCUUUCUUUUUUGCACUUUUUUGUAUUUGUCGACAAAGAAGCUCAACAUCACUCAUAUGGAUUUGGAAGCAACAGUUAUCUCUCUUAGUUUGAUUAUCAUGUGCCCCGACAGAAUGACACUUGUGUUCCCAAGUGAUCCAAAGUUGUUCAUUAUUUGUAAAGGCAUUACUUGCGCUAGUGUCAAUUGCUUUCUUUUACUCGUUUCUUAGUGAUUUGCGACUGUGGAAAAGGAGCGUGUCUUAUAGACCAAAUGUAAAUGUACUGGGUGGUUAUGGUUCAAUUCGAUUGGUCCCCAGCUAGUGAAUGGGGUCAGUGGUGGUGUUCUGUAAAUGAAUAGCCUGACUUUGCGGUGCCCCACCUUACGGCCGUUAUCAAUCUUAUCUUUUAUACUCUAGUGCCACCUGCUGGAAGAGAAAGGUCUAGCGUCAGUAAGAGUGGGUCACACUCGCGAAGUGUCUACUCAGUACCUGCUAGGUUGCCUUUGAAUACUGUUUAAUCUUACAAUGUAACAUGAUAACAGUUUUACGCAGACUUCCAGGUGUGAAGGCGGGCGUUCCAGAAUUUGGUGAGCACUUAGCUCAGCUCGUUUGCCUAAAUGUGAUUAGCACAGCGAUCUGACGCCAUUGCGCGACUACCUUUAGCACUUCCGAAAAUGCAUGAUAUUGCAAGCUACAGCUCUUAGCACUUCGAUUAAACUUUUCUAAGCUUACUUUGUUGUUUGUUUUUCCAUCUCUUUUUGCAGUCAUAACUGCAUUCUCUGCAAUUUUCUUCACAUAUCUCCAGCUGGAGGUGUGUUGUAUUUUAUUUCUGUGUUUGGUUCAAGUUCGGUCUUUUUGUAAUAGUUUUUUGGCACUGUAAAAUUGGUAUGUGCUGUAUAAAGCUUUUUUAUGACAUCAUCAUUAAGGCUGUACAGGGUUAUUUGUGGAAGUAACUGGUAAUUAGAUAAUUUGUACUUAUUUUGUUUUGUAUCUUUUGUUUGGCAUUGUUUUCUGUUAUGAUUGCCAGUUUCCAAUGUUAACAUUUGAAAGUAAAGCUUACAUCAAAUAUUA